AUGAGGGCUGGUGGUGGACAGUCCCUUUGUCUCCCAGCCCUGGGUGGACAAAGGGGCUUCCGGAAAGAGAGAAAGAGGAUGGCCAGUGGAAAUGGGCUCCCUCCAUCCUCGGCCCUGGUGGCCAAGCGUCCAUCCGCCCUGGGGCCGUUCCCCAGAUACGUCUGGAUCCACCAGGACACACCCCAGGAUAGCCUAGACAAGAUUUGCCAUGACAUCUGGAAGAGAGUUCAGGGCUUGCCAGAGUCCCUGCAGCCCAGGACCUCACUGGAGAAACUCUCCGCGCCGAUGACUGGGACCGUCAGCUUCCAAGAAGAAGCUCUGGAGCUGAGCAGUGGCAAGGAUGAGAUCUCCCUGUUGGUGGAGCAGGAGUUCUUGAGCCUCACCAAAGAACAUCUCAUCUUGGUCCAGGAGGGGCCUGGGGAGCUGGCGACACCUAUUGUCACUCCCCAGGGGACCCCGGAGCUGGCUCCCUGCUUCCUUGUGCCUCCUCUGGGGGCAGACAGCACUGACUACCCGGGAUCCUCUCUAAUGGCUGGUGACAAGCUUCAGGAGCAGAAGCUGUCCAUGCCCAUCAUCAGUAGCAGGCAGGACUGUGAUUCCACCAUGUCUACAGUCACAGGCAUCCUGCGUGCCGCCAAGGUCAAGAGUGUCAAGGGAACUAAGGACGAAAGCCAUAGCCUGGGUGCCUCUAAUUCAGAGAUCAGCAAGCUCCUGGCCCAGUUCCCGCUGAAGUCUACCAAAAUGUCCAAGGCUCCCGACAACAAGAUGGUGCUGGAAGAGACCAAGGUCAUUAAAGAUUUCCUGCAGAAUAGCAUGUUCAAUGGAUCUGGACCCCGGGAGCCCAUGGGGUUGGGCCCGUUCCUGCUGCUGCCACCCCCACCCCCUCCUGCACCCCCUGACAAGCCCCCGGAGUUCUCUUCUCCGAAAAGGCAGCUCCCAGUGUUUGCCAAAAUCUGCUCCAAGACCGAGGCUGAGCCCACUCUUGAGGGUCACCACUGGAUUGAACGAACCCCUGGCACCAAAGAGCUGACCAAAGGUCGAGAGAGCCUCUUUCUCAGCCAAUGGCCCCAGAGCCGGAAGGACAGUUGUGGUGAGGAGGGUCACAGUGACUCGAUGGGCACCAUCUCCAUGACUCUGCCAACCAAGAAGCCAGUGUGGCCGGCUGAGAAGAAUCUGCUUUAUGAGUUCUUUGGGGCCACCAAGAACCCCGGUGGGCAGCUGAGGCUUCGAGGCAAAGUGGAUAUGGAUGGGCUGGAUCUGAAGUUUAACCCACCGACACUGGCACCGGUGCCUGACAAGAACAUUAAGUAUGCCGGGAAUGUGUUCGCCCCACGCUUCACCGCCGCCUUGACCUCGACCACCCUGAACCAGCCUCUCUGGCUCAAUCUGAACUGUCCACCUCCACCAGUGUUCUCCAGCCACUCCGCCUUCCCGCAGUAUCAGGGCCUGUACCCACAGCGAUCAGCAAGGAUGCCCUACCAGCAACCCGUGCACCCCCCACUGGGGUGCUACUCCCGGCAGGUGACACCGUACAACCCACAGCAGAUGGGACAGCAAAUUUUCCGCUCUUCCUACACACCCCUGAUGAGCUAUAUCCCUUUCGUCCAGCCCAACUAUCCAUAUCCUCAGAGGACGCCCCAGAAGCUUCCCGCCAACCCCCGAGAUCCUACCCCAAUGGCAGGAGAUGGGCCUCCAUACCUCUUUACCCAGGGAUAUGGGUUCAACUCGGCGUCCAGAGCCCCUCUGAUGAACAGCCCCUAUUUUUCCUCCAGUGGGAAUGGAAUCCGCUUUUAG